AAGAAGUGAAACAAGUUCCUUCACCUCCGACCUCGCCUCAACCCGUUCCGCAACCCCCCGCUGAGACGUCAAAAAAACUGGUACACAAGGAAGAGUGUAAACCUGAAAAAACUGAACCAAUCGGAAAAAACGAAAAAUUUGUCUCAACCGAAAAAGUCGAUGAAGGAUUACCUAUUACGAUCAAUCCGAAACAGAAAAAUCGAAUCCUUAAACGAAGAAUCGCCCGAGGCCGUUUCUUGAACACCAACGAUACUACAAACGCAAAACGCCAAAACUUUGACAAUUUCAAUCAUUUUCCACGUGAUCUUUCCGAAUACUUUCACCAAAAUACUCAUUUUCUUAUUCCGAUUGGAUCGAAUCCCGUAUCAGACGUGAAUUCUUGGGGCGUAACCACUGAAUUAACAAACCUUGAUAGUUCCGAUACGUGCCGUAUGAAUGUAUAUUUUGACGGAAACAACGUCAACGCCCCAGCUUCAGGUGUCAUUAGCCCCUUUGUCACCGCUUCACCAACAUCUGCAACAUCUCCAAUUCAGGUCCAAAACGUCCAAAACGUUUAUGAGGCAAAUCACAUUAACAACGAAUAUAAUUUACCUCAACCGCAUAUGUUGCAAUUAAGUUAUCAGCCAUCGUUCGCUACCAAUAACAUUGGUUGGAAUUUCCACAACUAA